AGUCACACCCAAGUGGGCGAAAAAAAAACAUUCGUCAAUUCACCGUGGUCGAUCGAACGCUGUAUUUUUUUCCAGUGCAAUAUUCGGCCGAUGAAUAGUGAUUGAAAUGAAGUACUCCCAAAAAAAAGAAUAAAUAUAUAAAGUCAAAAAGAACCACAGCAAAAGAGAGAGAGAGCGAAAAAAAUUACUACUGCUGAGGUGUGUGCGUAUGCGUGUGUGUGUGACGUUUACAGCAGCAAAGAGUUCGGUGGUGUCGUCAAAAUUUUCAAGUAGUUUAAAGUUAAUGCAACCAAUUUAUGAUCGAAUAUGAGUUGAUCGCAGUCAAUCGAUCUUAUCGGAUGUGAAAAAGUAUUGCUGAUUGCAAACAAACCGAGAAAAAACGAUAAACAACGGCUAUUUGUUGCUGCCGCAACAGCAACAACAACAGUACACUAACACCACCACCCCACGUUCCAGCCUAACGGUUCAUUCACAGUGGCAGAAGAAGAAGAGUGUGCCAGCUGGAAGCAUCAUGUGGCGGUUUUAGGUGAUCAGCAGAGGAGCAAUCGUCAUCGCAAAUCAGGAGCACUGCGGCGGAUCGGGCCAAUCGAGAUCUAGGAAAGAUAACCCAGGGGCAAGCCCAAGAUUGACAAGGGAGGAGCACACUGAGACUGAGAGACUGAGAUCGGAGAUCGGAGAACGGAGAUAGUCGUUCCGCGUCAGAAGAUGACCCUGACCACAACGACCACUGCCCCAUCAGCCGAGAGCCAAGCGAAAAUGGACGUGAAGGGCGCACUUCCCGGCGAAGAGAACCUGCCCACCUCCGAGAUGGAUCUGCUCGCCAAGCUGGAGGCGGCCAACAAGCUCAUCGAGAGCGACGCCAAGUCCCUCAACUCUCUGCACUCCACGCACAGCCGCAAGAACUCGGACACGAGUCAGAUCAGCCUCACGUCGAGCGGCAACUCGGUGGCCGAGGAGGACGUGUGGACGACGUGGGCCACCAUCCUCAAUGACUGGGAGGGCGCUCUGAAGCGCAAGAAUCCCUGCGUGGGCGAGCUGGUGCGCCGGGGCAUUCCACACCACUUCCGGGCGAUCGUGUGGCAGCAGCUGAGCGGAGCGGCGGAGGCGGACAAGAAGCAGUACGCGGAGUACAUCAAGGCGACCAGCGCCUGCGAGAAGGUCAUCCGGCGGGACAUCGCCCGCACCUAUCCCGAGGUGGAGUUCUUCAAGGAGAAAGACGGCCCCGGCCAGGAGGCGCUCUUCAACGUGAUCAAGGCCUACUCCCUGCACGACCGCGAGGUGGGCUACUGCCAGGGAUCGGGCUUCAUCGUGGGCCUCCUGCUGAUGCAGAUGCCCGAGGAGGAGGCCUUCGCGGUGCUCGUGCAGAUCAUGCAGCAGCACCGCAUGCGGCACAUGUUCAAGCCAUCGAUGUCGGAGCUGGGCCUGUGCAUGUACCAGCUGGAGAACCUGGUGCAGGAGCAGAUACCCGACAUGCACAUCCACUUCCAGCAGCAGGGCUUCCAGACGACCAUGUACGCCUCCAGCUGGUUCCUCACCCUCUACACGACCACGCUGAACGUCAACCUGAGCUGCCGCAUCAUGGACGUCUUCCUCAGCGAGGGCAUGGAGUUCAUCUUCAAGGUGGCCCUGGCCCUCCUGCUCACCGGCAAGGAGACCCUGCUCUGCCUGGACAUGGAGGCCAUGCUCAAGUUCUUCCAGAAGGAGCUGCCCGGCCGCGUGGAGGCCGACGUCGAGGGCUUCUUCAAUCUGGCCUACUCCCUCAAGCUGAACACCAAGCGCAUGAAGAAGAUGGAGAAGGAGUACCAGGACCUCAAGAAGAAGGAGCAGGAGGAGAUGGCCGAGCUGCGCCGCCUGAGGCGCGAGAACUGUCUGCUCAAGCAGCGCAACGAGCUCCUGGAGGCCGAGAGCGCCGAGCUGGCCGAUCGCCUGGUGCGCGGCCAGGUCUCCAGAGCCGAGGAGGAGGAAACUAGCUACACCAUUCAGGCGGAGCUGAUGCAGCUGCGGCGCGCCUACCUGGAGGUCUCCCACCAGCUGGAGAACGCCAACGAGGAGGUGCGCGGCUUGAGCCUCCGCCUGCAGGAGAAUAAUGUAUCCAUCGACAGCAAUAACUCGCGGCAGUCGUCGAUCGACGAGCUCUGCAUGAAGGAGGAGGCGCUGAAGCAGCGCGACGAGAUGGUCUCCUGCCUGCUGGAGGAGCUGGUGAAGGUGCGUCAGGGACUGGCCGAGAGCGAGGACCAGAUCAGGAACCUCAAGGCCAAGGUCGAGGAGCUGGAGGAGGACAAGAAGACGCUGCGCGAGACGACGCCCGACAACUCGGUGGCCCAUCUGCAGGACGAGCUGAUUGCCAGCAAGCUGCGCGAGGCGGAGGCCUCCCUCUCGCUGAAGGACCUCAAGCAGCGGGUGCAGGAGCUGAGCAGCCAGUGGCAGCGGCAGCUGGCGGAGAACCAACGCAGCGAGAGCGAACGCACCACCAGCGCCGUGGACUCCACGCCCAAGAAGCUGCUGACCAACUUCUUCGACAGCUCCAAGAGCAGCGAGCACACCCAGAAGCUCGAGGAGGAGCUGAUGACCACGCGCAUCCGCGAGAUGGAGACGCUCACCGAGCUCAAGGAGCUGCGCCUCAAGGUCAUGGAGCUGGAGACGCAAGUCCAGGUGUCCACCAACCAGCUGAGGCGGCAGGACGAGGAGCACAAGAAGCUGAAGGAGGAGCUCGAGAUGGCCGUCACCAGGGAGAAGGACAUGGCCAACAAGGCGCGCGAGCAGCAGCACAGAUACUCCGAUCUGGAAUCUCGCAUGAAGGACGAGCUGAUGAAUGUGAAGAUCAAAUUCACCGAACAGAGCCAAACUGUCGCCGAACUGAAACAGGAAAUCUCCCGACUGGAGACCAAGAACUCGGAGAUGCUCGCCGAGGGCGAACUGCGCGCCAAUCUGGACGACUCCGACAAGGUGCGCGACCUGCAGGACAGGCUGGCCGACAUGAAGGCGGAGCUGACGGCACUUAAGAGUCGUGGCAAAUUUCCGGGCACAAAACUGCGCAGCUCUUCAAUCCAAUCGAUCGAAUCGACCGAGAUCGACUUCAACGAUCUGAAUAUGGUGAGGCGCGGAAGUACGGAGCUGUCGACAUAACCUAGAGAUCGACCAGAUCCAUCAGAUCCUCACCAUCCAGCAACCACAACCACAACCACAAUUAGGAGAAAAGCAGCGAGUGAUGAAAGGAGAAAAAGAAAUCAGAGCAGUACAGGAUACUCCCACAUUCGAAUGGGAGGGCGAGCUGGAGCCGAUUUAUAUAUAUACGCAUCGGUAUAUAUGUAAGGGCAGGCCUGUGAUCACAAAUUCGGAAGCGAAAGGAGAAGCGUCGGGCACAGGAAGUAAUUAAGAGUCGGAGGAAGAUAGUUGCAAUCCCAUUAAAAUAUUAUUUAUGUAUAAUAUUCGUUUAAACCUUACUAUUACGAUCUGGAUAUUUUACGAUGAUUAUUUUUACCUAUUUUUUUUGGCAAUAAUUUUAUUACUGUUAUGUUUUACAAGCGAAACACUCAUAUUUAUUUAUUUUAAAUCCUAAUUGAAACGAUAUUGAGAGAGAAAGAGUAAUUUACACAUUUGUACAUUGAUCGAUAGCAACUGAUCCGAUGCGAUGGAUAAAAGAUAAGAGAUUGGCAUUUGGAUAUCCCCUAGAUAUAUAGCACACAUGCAAUGCAAUGAAUUUUAUGUAAACCCCCUUUAACCCAAAAACUCCCAGCCCAGGAAUCCCGUGAACCACUUUUAAUGUAAGUUUUAAGCGAAUCAAAUUGUUCUUUGGCAAGGCAGAAACACAUUUUUAAUCAAAUUGCC